CCCACAAGGCAGCGGUACUGCGGGCGAGCAUUGUCAGCAUUCUAAAGUCGAUUGGAAAGAGGCUCAUUGUGCGAGCGCGAGCUCCGUGAAUCCACGUAGCACUUCCAAGCGUUCCUGUAAUCUGCAGUCCCCUGGUAUUUUCCUUUGCUGGAGUACCCCAGUAGCCAUGCCCUUACAGUUCGUGAACGUAAACUCUCCGCCGCGAACGACGCGCUCGCGCCUAUCAGUCAACCCGCCUGCGUCUGCUGUCUCCUCGUGCGUCCACCGCGUGCCAUCCAGCGGAUGCUGUACAGCUCUGCGCAUCCAGCUGCAAAGCUCGAGAGCUCAAUUACUGCGCGGAACGCCCAAAGUGGCAGCUUCCGCUGCGGCGGGCGAGCUCGGGGCUCCUGAUGACGGGAGGGCGACGCUGGCAGAGUUCCUGAACGCCAAGCUGGACACCAAGUUCAGCGAGCAAAACGCCAAGCUGGACGCCAAGUUCAGCGAUCAGGACGCCAAGCUGGACGCCAAGCUGGACGCAAAGUUCAAAAGCGUGCUGUAGGACGCGCUGGCACUAAUUGGGGCUGCACGGAAGCUGCUGGGGGUGGACCGCCGCCGCCGCCGUGGCAGCAGCAGCAGCAGCGACGGCGACAAGGAAAUCACACAAGGAGCAGCAGCAGCAGGGCUCAGGCCCAGCUAGCAGCGUCAAGUCGUCACCGGCGGACGGCGCGAAAACCUCGCUCGCCAUUUACUGUGCCCUGAAGAGGUACAUGCGCGGAACGGCGGACCAGCGCUGGCAGUUGCUGGCACGCGAGCUGUUCAUGCCGGCGCUGAGCAGCCUGCAGCCUGCGGUCGCAGUGUGUGGCAGCCACAGCGGCGGGUCGAGCGCCGGCAAGGCCAGCGGUGGCGGGGCGAGCGCGGGCGGUGGCAGUGGCGGCUUCUGCCUGUCGCCGGCCGUCUCUGAGUUGGAGGUGGAUAGACUAUCGCUGCGUGCCUCCGGCAGCUGGGCGGACUUGACCUUGGUGGAGACCAAGACCAGCAGCAAGGGCACGUCCGCCGCCAUUCCGCAGCUCAAACGCUCGGCGAUGGUCCUGCUGUGCGGCUACCACGUCAUACGCCAGCGGUCGGCCACGCUCUGGCACCAGCUUCCCGUGGACGUCAAGGCGCGCGGCGUGGUGGCGUGGGCCAGGGUGGAAGGCAACCCACCGCAAGAGCCUGUGAAGCUGCGCCCGGCGUGUGGCCCUGCCCAGGUGCUGGACGUGGACGUGUUCUCAGCCCAGGACGUGCUGCAGACCAGCCGUCGCAGGGUGCUCCACCGCUGGCAUGGCGACAGGUGCGCCGGGCCUUGCUUCUUGCUGCUGUGUCCCGAUGCCGCUUCUGAUAGACAAUACCGUGUUUUGUGUGCGUGUGUGUGUUUGUGUGUGGAGGGUGGGGGUGCGGAACGCGAGUACAUGUGUGUGCUGCGUUGCUGUAUCAUAAACAUCUGCACGUAUGUGUGCAUCAUGUCUGGGUAAUCUUAUGAGUUUUGUUUGCUUUUGUUGCGGGGAAACCGCCUUCCAUGAUGCUAAGCACAUUCAACAGUAGUAGUUGCCAUCGCACAGGAUGACUUCGUUUGGCAGUGAGGAGUGCUGCGUGUAGCCAGUGAGGAGUGCUGAAUGUAGCCAGUCGUAGGUGUACGUUGUGCAGGUUGUAUGAGGUUUCAUUCACAUUCAUUUGGGCGGGAAUUAUGCGGAUGUGGCCGACGGGUCUGCAGAGGACAGCACUUCGCGUUAACUUUGCCCCUGAGGCGCAGGGAGACCAGGCGACCAGGAGACCGUGACGGACAGGUCGCCUGCCUGCCUGUGCCUGCCUGAUGCCUGCGUCGACAAAAAGUGCCAAAAGCGGCGCAAGCGCGCAGGCUGAGGAGCCGGCUGGUGUCUAGGUAGCGGUCCGCGGUGGGGCUGGCCAGGGCAUGCGUAGCGGCAUGACAAGUAGUGCGGCUGUCGACAACUGUGCUGCGUCUGGCUGCGGUUGGCUCUGCUGUGGCAUCGCGAUUGCUAGGCACCGGGUUUGGAUAUGUGCCUGUGGAAACCGAUCCCGGCUAUGUUGGGGCGAUGAGGUUGUUCGGCCUCAGACUGUGGAGGGGCUAAGCCCCUUUUCCCGUGACCGGGAAACACUUGUCGGAAACACUUGUCGGAAUGAAAUUCCCGCGUGAUGCAGCGGAGAAUGUGGCGCAAAGCAGUGUGGCGGGCACGUGAGGGUGCAUGUUGUAGUGACGGGCACAUGUAACACACAUUGAAG